AUGAAGUUUAACGUUGCGAAUCCCACCACUGGAUGCCAGAAGAAGCUGGAAAUCGAUGACGACCAGAAGCUACGUGCUUUUUGGGACAAGAGGAUCUCACAGGAGGUUCUUGGUGAUGCUUUGGGCGAGGAGUUUAAAGGAUAUGUUUUCAAGAUUACUGGUGGGUGCGACAAACAAGGAUUUCCAAUGAAGCAGGGAGUGUUGACACCUGGGCGUGUUAGGCUCUUGCUCCACAGAGGUACUCCUUGUUUCCGUGGACACGGAAGGCGUAAUGGAGAGCGUAGAAGGAAGUCUGUUCGUGGAUGCAUUGUCAGCCCUGACCUCUCUGUUUUGAACUUGGUAAUUGUGAAGAAAGGAGACAAUGAUUUACCAGGUCUUACUGAUGUUGAGAAGCCAAGGAUGAGAGGUCCUAAGAGAGCAUCCAAAAUCCGCAAGCUGUUCAACCUUUCGAAGGAGGAUGAUGUGCGAAAAUAUGUGAACACCUAUCGUCGUACUUUUACCACCAAAGCUGGGAAAAAGCAAAGCAAAGCUCCCAAGAUACAACGACUUGUCACUCCUUUGACACUCCAAAGGAAGCGAGCAAGAAUUGCAGAUAAGAAAAAGAGAAUUGCCAAGGCUAAAUCAGAGGCCGCAGACUAUCAGAAACUCCUAGCAUCCAGAUUGAAGGAGCAAAGGGAACGCCGAAGUGAGAGCUUAGCAAAGAAGAGGUCCAGACUAUCCACUGCCACCAAGCCAUCUGUCACAGCAUAG